CAUCCACCUGUCCACUUCUUUGAAUUCCCGUAGGAGAAGCCCCUCUGAAGUUUGUGUUGCUUCCUCAUAGAUAAUGAUGGUUGGCUUUUUCAUUAAUACGAAACAAGGUGUACAAAGUUUGACAAUAAUGAAAGGAAGGAAAAAACCAGCUGAGCCAAGAUCGAAAAAAGGAGGUGAACCAACACAGGCCCAAAACCGCAAAGUCCCAAACCCCGUCCAAAACAAUUGGACAAGCCCACCCCCAUCAACCCUAACAACAACUAGCCCAAUCACCAGAGAAAGGUUGCCGUUCACAUCCUCCACUGUCGAGAGCAAACCGGCAGCGACAUCCCUGCCAACCCUUGGUCAGACACCGAGGAGCACAAGG